AUGCCUUUUGAAGACAAGUUGGAGCAGCUGGAGCACUUCUGUUUGGACCUCCGGGAAACUUUGGAGGACCGGCUCCUGCUGGUGCUGGCUGACCUCGAAAAGCAAGUCCCUGAUUUGCUACAGAAAUUCCAGCGGGAGUCGGCAGAUGGGGCUGAACGUGCUGAAAAACUGAAAGAGCUGGAGGUGAGGGUCGAGAUGUUCUGCCGCCGCAUGAGCACACAGGAGGAAAGAUUGCAAAGCUGCGCAGAGCGGGCUGAGAAGAGCGUUGCGCUGCCACAGCUUCGCAGUCUUUGUCGGGAAGAGUUGCAGAAAAAGCUCACUGAGGAAGAUUUGCUGGGCACAACGGCCUUGGUACGGAAGCAGCAAGAUUCACUCAAUGAGGCAACUCGCAGGUGCAGCUUCAACUGCAGAGGCUCCUGGAUCGGCUGCACUUGGCCGGACUUCGGCAGGCGGUUCUGA